ACCAUGCGGGGUACUUGGCUGGUGUAUCUGGCACUACUGCUGGUGGCCUUUGGGUGGCUGGCCAUGGCCCUGCAGUGCUAUUCCUGCCCGGAGCCCACCAGCGUGUCCAGCUGUCUCACCGUGGCCACCUGCACCGCCAAUGAGACCAUGUGCAAGACCACACUGUACUCCCUGGAGAUCGUGUACCCGUUCCUGGGCCAUUCCACGGUGACCAAGUCCUGUGCCAGCAAGUGCCAGCCCUCGGACGUGGACGGCAUCGGCGUGACCCGGCCCGUGUCCUGCUGUAACGCUGAUCUGUGCAACGUGGACGCAGCCCCCGCGCUCAGCCCCGGGAGUCUGGCCUGCACCCUGCUGCUGGCCCCCCUCUGGAGCCUGGGGCCCUAGGCCCUGGCCCCACACCCCCUCUGCGAUCAGUCAGCAAGCUCCUUAAACAGUAUGUCUGCCCAG